GAGUCGGGAGGGCCGGCCUUGCUGUUCCUACCACUUCCUCUUCCCUCAGCUCACAGCUCACGGCUGUGCUUUCAAGGGCAGUUCUUGAGUUGAGCUUUCAGAUCACAUUUUGCUGAAAAACUAUAAGCUAUGUUCUCUAUCUAUUCAUACGCCUGGGACACUUUCUUUUACCUUCUCCAUUCAGCCUGCAAUGUGGCACCUCUAAAAUGGGAAACAAAGCAUUCACGAGUGCCCGCGACCCCGGCAGACACAGGACAUGGGCAUUCCUCCUGCCCAGCGGGCAGCGGGGCGUCGGAGGAAGAAGAAUAUGAAGAACUCAUUUUCCCGGAGAAUCGCGAGGAAGGCCUGUCUCAGGAUCCUACACAAGAUGGGUCAGGAGGGCUGAGGGAGGAUGAAGGGACCCCGCAGAGGCUGAGGCUCAUCCUGGUGGGAAAACCCGGAAGCGGGAAAAGCGCAACAGGAAACAGCAUCCUCGGCCGGAGAGUGUUCGAGUCCAAGGUCAGCGCUAGGCCCGUGACCAAGGCCUUCCAGCGGGGGCGCCGAGCGUGGGCGGGGAAGGAGCUCGAGGUCAUCGACACCCCCGGCCUCCUGUCCCCGGGGGCGGCGCCGCCAGGGCGCGCUCGGGGCGGCUGCGAAGCCAUCGCCUUCUCCUCGGCGGGGCCGCACGCGGUGCUCCUGGUGACGCCGCUGGGCCGCUUCACCGAGGAGGAUCGGGAGGCGGUCGGGCGCCUCCAGGAGCUCUUCGGGGCCGGCAUCCUGGCCCGCACCAUCCUGGUGUUCACGCGCAAGGAGGACCUGGACGGCGGCUCCCUGGAGAAGUACCUGCGAGAGACCGACAACCGGGAGCUCGCCAAGCUGGACGUCCUCUGCGAGCGGCGACACUGCGGCUUCAACAACAAGGCGCAGGGGGCGGAGCAGGAGGCCCAGCUGAAGGAGCUCAUGCGACACAUCGAAGGCGUCCUGUGGGAGCACGAAGGCCGUUACUACAGCCGCCAGGCUUACCGCUCCCCCCAGCGGCACGUUCUGCGCCAGCGAGGGCGGGAGGGGCGGGCCCCCCCCCCAGGGCCCCCAGGGCCCCCAGGGCCCCCAGGGCCAGGGAAGGGCUCAGCGAGGACACGCGCUGCAUUUCACGCAGCCACGGCUGCUUCCUGCCGGCCUCCCUCGGCCCCGGAGUCUGGCUUCCAGCACCUCACUUGCUCUCUCCGUCCCACAGGUCACCGCCCCUCCCUGUGUCCAGGGCAGGGUCUGGGGUGGCGAGCGGUGCGCGGGCUCCUGAGUUCCCAGGUCCUUCAUCACACCUUCCAGAACACGCGGGCCCUUCCUCCUCCGUGCCUCUCCAUCCUCACGUCUCCUUGGCAUUACGAGUCUGCAGUAGGACACCGAUAG